AUGGGCUUUCCUACCAAAGAUUGGACUCAUAUAUAUGUGAAUAUCAUUCCAUCCAAGGAUAAAUAUAUUAUUUGUUUGAUAAUUUUUUCUACUGUUGCAAAUGGGUUAGUACCUGCAAUUACAUCAAUCUUAACAGGUAGAUUAUUUGACUUAUUAACAGAUCUAUCAGAAUUUAAAUUGUCCAACUCAGUAUUCAAAGAACUUACAAGACGUUCUAUGUCCAUAAUGGCGUUGGGUGCUGCCAGUCUACCCAUAAUGUGGCUAUCUAUAUCCUGCUGGAUGUGGCUAGGAGAAAUUCAAAGUUCUAGAUUAAGAAAAAGAUUGUUGAAAUCCUACAUCAAUAAACCAACAGAAUGGUAUGAUAAAAAUGAAAAUCUCCUGGGAGAUUUUGUUCAAUUAAAUAGAUGUAUCGAAGAAGUUAGAUCAAGUUCUGCAGAGGCAUCUGCAAUAACAUUUCAAAAUAUGGUAGCUGUCGUCUCUUUAAUUGGUGUCUCAUUUUACUAUUCAUGGUCUUUGACAUUAAUUAUCCUGUGCAGUACACCUAUUAUCACAAUUUUAGCUGUGGUAUUUUCAAGAUUAAUUAACAAAUAUACUCAAUUGGAAAAUACGGAAAGUUCCAAGGCAGCUCAAGAGAUCUCAUUUGUAAUGAGUUCAGCACAACUAGUUAAGUUAUACGGCACAAAGGAUGAAGAACAAUAUAAAUUCAUGCAUCUCUCCCGACUUUGUAAUACAUAUUUCAUACAAGCGUGCCUCUAUGUUUCAGCAAACGCCGCCAUUCUCAGAUUUUUAACGCUAUGUAUGUUCAUUCAAGGGUUUUGGUUUGGUGCAACUAUGGUCAGAAAGGGGAAACUAAAUAUUACAGAUGUUAUUACAUGCUUCCAUUCAUGCCUAAUGUUAGGAUCUACUUUGAGUAAUACCCUUCACCAGAUUGUUCUUUUACAGAAAGGUGAUGUGGCGAUAAAAAAAUUAGAAAUAUCUCUGAAAUUGAACAAUGAUGUAGAGGCAUCCCUACCCGAAGUUGGUAAUGUAAGUGGAUUAUUAGAGCAUUCUGCAAUAAGUUUUAACAAUAUAAACUUCACUUACCCUAGCCGCCCAGAAAAUCAAAUUUUAAAUAACUUAUCACUAAAAUUUGAAGCUCAGAAGACAACAUUUAUUGUUGGAAAAUCAGGCUCGGGAAAAUCAACACUUUCAAGCAUACUCUUAAAACUGUACGGCCUAGACAGUGGUUCGAUAUUACUUGGUGAUCAGGAUAUUGGCUUAAUUGAUCACAAUGAAUUACUUGAGCAUAUUACAGUAGUGGAACAACGUUGUACCUUAUUCGACGACACAAUAAGAAACAAUGUUUUGUUAGGUUCACCAGAUUUUGAAGAUGAUUCAGAAAACAUUCAACUGAACUCAAGAUUAGAUAAAGCUAUUAAGUUUUCUCUCCUAGACGAAUUUAUCCAGGGUUUACCAAAUGGACUAGAAACCAAAGUUGGAAGUGAAGGAAUCACUUUAAGUGGGGGUCAACAACAGAGAGUAGCUCUAGCAAGAGCUUAUAUGAGAGAUACUCCAGUAUUAAUUUUGGACGAAGCAGUCUCAGCAUUAGAUAUUUCACAUAGAACGAAGCUAAUGAAAUCUAUAAAGAACUGGAGACACACAAAGACAACUAUUAUUCUUUCUCACAAUCUUGCCGACAUAGAAGAUGAUGAUUAUGUCUAUGUAAUGAAAGAAGGGACGGUAACUCAAGAAGGUUCCAAACAUGAAUUGAUGUUGGAUAAGACAGGACAAUUUUGCAUUAUGAACGAAGUCCAAAACCAAUAUAAAGUAUCUGGUGACGAAAACACUUAUUUGACACCUCAAAGCUCUUCAUCUUUUGUAUGCAAUACAGACAAAUCGGCUAUCCCCAAUAUGCUAUCUCCAUUGACUUUAUCAGACAGGUCCUCGACAUUUCAAGAAAAAUCAUUCAAGAAUAUUUUGCUACUAGAAGAAUAUGAAUUAGAACAAAAUGAACCAAAAUAUUUGGACAAGAAUUCAAGAAAAAUUGGAGAUGAAGAGGCCUUAGACCAAAGGCAAAUUCUUUCGUUAAAAAUAAUUAUAUCCCAAAUGAUCAAAACUAUUAGGGACAAAAAGCUACUACUUGGCGGUAUUGUAUCUUCUCUUUUAGCUGGGGCAACGAAUCCUAUUUUUUCUUAUACAUUUAGUUUCCUUCUUAACGGGAUAGUACCUGGCUCUCAGAAUGAUCGCUAUUACUUACUAAAGUGGUCGUUUAUUGUCCUCGGUGUAACUAUUGCAGAUGGUAUUUUUAACUUUUUGAAGUCUUUUGUAUUAGGGUAUUGUAGUGAAAAUUGGAUUAUGGAUAUUAGAAAUGAUACAAUGCAUGCAAUCAUGAGGAAAAACAUGUAUUGGUACUCCCUUGAUUGUAACAAACCCUCUGAACUAUCGGCCCUUUUGAUGAAUGACUUAAGGGAUUUGCGAUCAUUAGUUUCUGAAUUUUUAAGUGCAAUGUCCACAUUCAUAAUAGUUUCGUUAUUCGGCCUCAUCUGGGCAUUGGUUUCUGGGUGGAAGUUAAGUUUGGUUUGCCUAUCCAUGUUUCCUCUCAUUAUAAUAAUUUCGAGUUUAUAUGGUGGUUCAUUGCAAAAGUAUGAAACUGAUUACAAAAGUUCGGUUGCUAAGCUAGAGAAUGGACAAUCCGAGGUUUUACUAGGUAUCAAAACGAUCAGAUGUUUACAACUGCAACAACAUUUCUUAAACAAUCAAUUUCACAACCAAACAACUAUGAGACGAAUUGCCAAAGGUCGUAGUAUUAUAACAGGCAUGGGUAUUUCCAUAACCAACACUUUAACGAUGUGUAUUCAGGCGAUAUUAUAUUACUAUGGGUUGAAAUUAGUUCUAAUAGGGGAAUACUCUUCCAAAAAAAUGUUUGAAACAUUUACGUUAUUGCUAUUCACUAUUAUGACGUGUACUAGUUUAAUUAACCAGAUUCCAGAUAUAGCAAGAGGUCAAAGAGCUGCAAGUUGGAUUGACAGAAUUCUAAAAGAAGACCAAAUGUGGUAUGAAGAUACAGUUACUGAAGGGCGAGUUACAAAAAUUGGUGAUUUAGAAUGUAACACAUUAAUAAGGAUCGAUAAGCUAACUUAUUGUUAUCCUUCAGCACCUGGUGUCACAAUUUUUGAUCAACUAAAUCUUAAGUUGGAUAAUAAUAAAAGUGUUGCAAUUGUUGGGGAAUCAGGUGCAGGUAAAUCAACUUUGGCAUUAUUAUUAACAAAACUUUAUGAAGUUAAAGACGGAUGUAUAUACAUCGAUAAUACAGAUAUUAAUAAAUGGAAUCCAAUGGCACUUAGGUCUCAUAUAGCAAUGGUUGAGCAAAGACCAGUUCUAAUAGAUGAUUCCCUCAGAAAUAACUUAAUGUACGGUAAUCAAAAUUUUAAAAUUACCGAUAAAGAAUUAAGUGACAUUUUAAAGUUCGUUGGAAUAUCGGAAAUACUUUCCAAACUCCCAGAAGGACUCGAUAGUAGAAUAUCAACGGACUUGGUUUCAGGUGGUCAAGCGCAAAGAUUGUGUCUUGCGAGAGCUAUUUUGAGAAAACCAAAAAUUCUGAUAUUAGAUGAAAGCACUUCAGCAUUAGAUGCUAAGAGUUCAGAAAAGAUAAGGCAAAUUGUCGAACACGGUUUGCCAGGUACCCUUAUAAUUUCUAUCACACACGAUAAAUCCAUGAUGGAAUGUUGUGACCAGAUUAUUGUUCUAAAGAAUGGAGGAGUAGUAGAAAAAGGUACAUACUACGACUUGAACGUUUUGGGUUCCGAGUUUUUCCGUAUUACCUCUGAAAUUUAG